AUGCACGGCAGCUACCCCAUCACUGGUGGUGGUGACAUCAUAGCUGAUGAAGAGCCACCGUCCCCCAUUACCUUGGACGGUGGCAAGAUCAGUUAUUUCGAUGAGCUGCUGGCACCCACCAUCUCUGCUGGCAGCUGCAACUACCUUUGUGAAGAGCCGCCGCUUCCGACCACCUUGUGCGGUGCUGCUAACAUCAUUGCAGAUGAGACACUGCUCCCCACCAUCCUGGGGAUCUGUGAUGCAAGUGGUAAUGAAGAGCCGUUGCCUCCCACCGUCCUUGGCAGCGGUGACACUGAUGCCCCUGUUGACCCACUGCCACCCACCACCCCAGGCACUGGUAAUGUCAUAGCUGAUGACGAGCCACCAUCCCCCACUACCUUGGACGGUGGCAAGAUCAGUUAUUUCGAUGAGCUGCUGGCACCCACCAUCUCUGCUGGCAGCUGCAACUACCUUUGUGAAGAGCCGCCGCUUCCGACCAUCUUGUGCGGUGCUGCUAACAUCAUUGCAGAUGAGACACUGCUCCCCACCAUCCUGGGGAUCUGUGAUGCAAGUGGUAAUGAAGUGCCGUUGCCUCCCACCAUCCUUGGCAGCAGUGACACUGAUGCCCCUGUUGACCCACUGCCACCCACCACCCCAGGCACUGGAAACGUCAUAGCUGAUGACGAGCCACCAUCCCCCACUACCUUGGACGGUGGCGAGAUCAGUUAUUUCGAUGAGCUGCUGGCACCCACCAUCUCUGCUGGCAGCUGCAACUACCUUUGUGAAGAGUCGCCGCUUCCGACCACCUUGUGCGGUGCUGCUAACAUCAUUGCAGAUGAGACACUGCUCCCCACCAUCCUGGGGAUCUGUGAUGCAAGUGGUAAUGAAGAGUCGUUGCCUCCCACCGUCCUUGGCAGCGGUGACGCUGAUGCCCCUGUUGACCCACUGCCACCCACCACCCCAGGCACUGGUAAUGUCAUAGCUGAUGAUGAGCCACCAUCCCCCACUACCUUGGACGGUGGCAAGAUCAGUUAUUUCGAUGAGCAGCUGGCACCCACCAUCUCCGCUGGCAGCUGCAACUACCUUUGUGAAGAGCCGCCGCUUCCGACCACCUUGAGCGGCGCUGCCAACACUGUCGAAGACGAGACACCUCCCCGCACCAUCUUGGGGACCUGUGAAACAACUGGUUAUGAAGAGCAGCCGCCCCUCACCAUCUUAGGCGGCAGCAAGAUCACCCCUGAAGUAUCUCUGUUGGUGCCUUUAGUGGAUGUUACACCAUUGCCCCUACAGGGCGUGCUUCUCACUCGCCCUCCCAGAAAGCAGGCCUUCCCUAAACUUUGCACAAAGAAAAAAGCAUCUAAUCCUCCUCUUUGUCUUCGUGGGCCUCCACCUUUUACUGCCUUUAGGAACAAAAAGUAA